AUGCUCGCCCUCCUCAGCCAGACCACCAACACGCUCACCCACCUCCUCUCCUCCGGCCAACCAUCGGCCGAGCAAAGCACACUAGCCCUGCGCCAGCUCGCCGCGACAGCCGAAGCCACAGCGAAGGUCGCGCAAACGGAGCUGAUGACCGCUGAGACCGCGCGGGUUACCGCGAAGGCAGCGGCAAAAACGGAGAAGUUCAGGGCCAAGACAGAGCGGAUGAAGAUGGAGGCGGAGGCGUCGAUGGGGAAGGUGGGGAAAGAGGCUGAGAGGCUCGUGGCGGAGACGGAGAGGUUGAAGGCGGAGGCGAUGACUGAGGAGAUGAAGAUCAAUGCGGAGACGGGGCGGGUGAGGGCGGAGACAGAGAGGUUGAGGAUGAAGGCGGAGACUGCGACGGAGAGGGUAAAGGCUGAAACGGAGCGGGUGAAGGUGGAGGCGGAAAUGGAGAUGGAGAAGGUUGGGAAAGAGGCUGCGAGGGCAGUAGCCGAGACAGAGAGGCUAAAAGCGGAGGCGGCGGUCGUGGGUAGUCAGAGGAUGAGGAUUGGUACAGAGAUGGCCCGUCUAAAAGCUGUGGCCAUGAUUGAGAAGAUGAACACCGAGGCGGGGACUGAGAGGGUCAAGGCGGAGACCCAGAGCUUGAAGAUGAAGGCAGAGACUGAGACGGAGCGGUUGAAGGCCGAAACGGGGCGGUUGAAGGCAGAGGCGGAGGGUCACGCAAAGAGGGCCGAGAAGGAGAUUGAGAGGGCUGUGGCUGCGAAGGAGAGGUUGAAGGUUGAGGGGAUGAUGAAGAAGAUGAACACCAAUGCGGAGACAGCAAGGCUGAAGGCACAAACGGAGCAGAUGGGUGCGGAGACGGAGCGUAUGAGGUGCGAAGCGGAGAAGGCGCUGAUGAAGGUUCAGACAGAGGCAGAGAGGGCUCGGAAAGAGGCUGAGAGGGCGGUGGCUGAAACCGCGAGGUUGAAGGCUGAGGGGUUAAUUGAGAAGCAGAGGAUUGACACGGGGACCGAGCGGAUGAAGGCGAAGACUAAGUGCUUGAGGGUGGAGGGACAAGCGGAGGGAGAGAAGGUAGCGAGAGAGGUUGCCAGGGCGUUGGCGGAGACGGAGAGGUUGAAAGCGGAGACGGUGUUAGUGCAGAACGAGAAGAUGAGGAUUGAUGCGGAGACAGAGCGGAUGAAGGCGAAGAUCGAGUGGUUGACCUUGCAGGCAGGGGCGGAGGCGGAGAAGGUUAGGAGAGAGGGUGCUAGGGCGGCGGCGCAGGCUGAGAGGUUGAAGGCGGAGGCAAUCAUGGUGCAGAGCGAGAAAGUGACGCCCCACGCGGAGCCGGGGCUUAGGAGGUUAGAGGGAGAAGCGGAAAUGUUGAAGGCCGAAAGAGAUAAGAAGGAGGCAGAGUCCGAGAAUGCCAGAAAGGAGGCUGCGACGCUCUUGGAGACACAGAAGCCGAAGACAGAGGCGAUACAAGCGAAGGCCAAAAAGCUGAAGACUAAUGCGAAGACUGAACAGACGAAGGCAGCGACCCAGGAGCGAUCCCCCAGGGAGGAACGGGAGAUACUUAUGAGAUACCUGAACGCCGGAGAGGAGACAGUGGGGACAGACAGCCCGCGGAAGUGGGUAGUGAUGGGACGGGAGAAGACAGGAACGCAGAAUUUUCACCACGGGAAGGCCGGGCCCAAGAACCGGAAGAAUGGGAUGUUGAGAAAAACACUUUAUGGAUGA